UGCGUCGCGCCCCACGGCCACGGCAUGCAGCGUUUAGUCUGCAGGCACAGAAACUUUGAUCAACAAGUGGAUCUCCAUACGAGACUAUUACAAUUACAACUUGUCAUGGAGGCAGGGAUGUCUUCUUGCUGUUUAUUGCAUUGUGCUGUGUUUUUUAUGUUCUAGGUAAAUGUACUAGUAGUUCUAUUCUUUGUUUAAUUAGAGACUCACUUUUUUCAAAGUUUCAAAUAGAGUCUGUGUUUGCAGACUAACGUUAGGCCUCGUUAUUAAAAGUUGAUCGCUAUAUAUACGGUACUAUACCCACUCAUUGAUUUUUAUGCUGGGCGCGGCAUUAACGAAGGAAAUGUCUCUGUCAACAUUAAAUUCUACGACUAACGUUACGCUACUGAGCACAAUAUUCCUGAAUCGUAUCAGACGCAGACGCCGUCAUGAAGCCCAAGAACGACGUAGGAGAUAUUUUGAACACUUCCGAAGACGCCAGCGUGAAACUACGAGCUUGAUGGUUCUCCUCUUGUCGAUGUUCGACACAGACGACACGGAACGCAUCCCGCGGUCGGUUAGUUCGUUGCCCUAUUCCAUGCAUUGGUGGAAUAACAUAGUCUUAGCAUCAUGGGACGAUCAAACAUGGCUCGAGAAUUUCAGGAUGACUAAAGAAACAUUCAUGUACCUUGUAGAAGAACUCAAACCCCACAUUUCAAGGAAAGAUACAAAUUGGCGUAGGGCCAUACCCGCAGACCAGCGUCUUGCUAUUGCCCUUUGGAAGCUAUCAACAAACAUAGGGUAUAAGACAGUAGCUGAAUUGUUUGGAGUUGGAACAUCAACUGUUCAUCUCAUAGUGGUGACUGUUGUAUCAGCCAUUAACAAUGUUUUGAAAAAAUACAUUUCCAUUCCUACAGGCAAGAGAUUGCAGGAGUGUAUGGAGUGCUUUGAACACAAGGGAUUCCCUCAAGCUGUGGCAGCCGUUGAUUGCUGUCAUAUGCCCAUAUUAGCUCCACCCAGCAAACGAGAGUACAUCAACCGAAAAGGGUUUACAUCCAUUAUACUUCAAGCGGUUGUUGAUGGCUUUGGACAGUUCAUUGAUUUAGACAUAGGAUGCCCUGGUAGCAUGGAUGAAGCAGAAGUGUUUAGAACAUCAAAUAUUUCUACAAAGGUGAAAAAUAAUACCAUCUUCAGCGUACAACCCAAGGUCAUCGAAACCACUUCCAUUCCUGCCUUGAUGCUUGGGGAUGAACCAUAUCCUCUCAUGCCAAACCUCAUGAAACCAUACAAUACAGAAUUAACACUAACACCUGCACAGAGAGUGUUCAAUCAGAGACUAAGCUGUUGUCAUGGUAUAGUUCAACAGGCCUUCAAGCGUCUUAAAGGGAGAUGGUGUAUCCUUGAUAAUAUGAUGGACAAGUUUGAAAAGGCCCCCUCUGUAGUCCUAGCAUGCUGCAUUCUUCACAACAUUGUAGAAAGCAAACAUGAGCCAUUCCUGGAUGAGUGGACAAAAGGAGAUGUUUUCUCUGUGCCACAUAGGCCAGUCCAGGAUGAUGCUAUCUGUGGAACAAAUGCUACUUCCAUCCGCAAUGCACUUACUCUACACUUUAUUGAUAAAGGCACCACAGAGUAGCCAUUGUCAACCUGGCAAAUUUACUGUCAUUUCACAAGGAAAAAUGAACAGGUAGGCCGUGUCAAAUAAAGCUGUUUGUAAGUUACGAGCAAUUUCACGAACUGGUGAUUCUUUCUUGUGGUAACAGGUGAUAUAUACACCAUAUUUUCAUGGGUUCGAUUUAGCGCCUAAGAAAGGAUCACCACCAACUCGUUAGUUGUAAAGUCAUUCGUAACUUACCACAAGCUCUACGAAACACCUACCUAUUCAUAUAAAAGGCAAGGAAAUGAAAUGCAUGUUAUAAAGUGUGCAUCAACAUAAACUAUUGAAUGUGUUCUUUUCCAGUUUUCACAUAUUUCGUUUUUAUUAUUGCAUAGAGGUAAUAGACCAUUUAGGUAGUCCAUGCUAUCAUUGUUCAAACUGGUCUAGACUACAGGUGCACAUGUGUACACAUGCGUAAAGUACUGAUACAUUUUUUUACAUUGAACUGAAGAAGCAUAAUCUGCAUUGAAAUUUCACUCAUGCAGAUGGUGUGUAUUAAUGACUCCUGCCCAGAAUGUUAUACUAUCGUUUUUUGCUAGUUUACAUGCCCAUCCAUGGUUCUUGAAAGCUUGGAGGGGGAGUCAAAUAUAUUGCUGUAAACAUGUGUUACCAAAUUAUUUCCAAACGCCUCCUAAAGAUUUUUUUCUCUGUGUGCAAAAUAGCCCCCUAAACAAGUUUUUCGCAGGCUUCAUUUACACAUUUAGGCCCCUAAACAAAGAAUGG